AUGGAGAAUUCUAACAAUAAAACCAAAAAUUGGUUGUCACGCCUACGGCAGUUAAGAAUAAGGAGAAAUUCUGUGGAUAAUGUAGAGAAUAAUAGUGCUGAUGAGCCUGUUGUGUACAGAAGAGCUGUCUCAUCAUAUAGUAGUGAUAAUAUGGCUCAACAUACUAGAAGAAGCAAUAGUGUUAGAAGGAGUAUUAUUAAGAUGCACCUUAGGGUUAAGAACGCCUUUAGACACAGAGGAGAUAGCAGCAGCACAAACAGACUUACAGUUCCCACACCCGUUCAUUCUAAUUCAUCAAAUUCCCCUAACAGAGUUACAUUGGCAACUACUGUUCAACAUAAAGAAAAUAUAUAUUCCCUAGAACCAGUUAGAAAGGUGAACACUGUUCCUCAAUGUGAUCACCCUCCUCUUGUAGUACCAGUGCAGGAUUUAAUAGCAUGA